CGAGUGGAAAGUCGCCACAGUGUGAGAGAGAUUGGCGAAGAGGGUGGUGGUGUGGGAGUGUGUCUGUUCCCCACUGUCUCCGUGACAAAGGCUGUGCGCACCGUGUGAAUGUUGAACGGUGCACCUGUUGAGGCUGAAAGAAAACGAUUGGGUUGAAGGCACGCACACACUGCAGUCGUUGAUCGAUCCGUAGGUGCCACCCUGUCACUAGUCCAGUCACCAAACCUCUAAGAAGCGAUCAUAUCAAGAUUCGGUUCUCCCAAGCCUCGCGGAGUAUCUGAGACGUGACCUGAAGCUGUCCUCAAUUCAAAGUUGCAGAUAUGAAGUCCGAAGUGUUCGCGGCGUCCGACUUCAUCGUGAACCUCUUGCGAAUGAGCAGCCCCGGAAGUCUGACCGACCGUGACUUGCUGCGGUUCCGCGACACGCUGGCCGUGGUGAUGAGGGAUCACUACCAUAACCACUGGUUCCCGGAGAAGUCGUUCAAGGGCUCCGGCUACCGUUGCAUCAGGAUCAACGGCCAGAUGGACCCAUUGGUGGCGGCGGCGGGCGACAGCUGUGGGCUGGACCGGGUCUUCCUACGGUCUCUGUUCCCCAGCGAACUGACCCUGUGGGUUGACCCUCGGGAGGUGUCGUACCGGAUCGGCGAGAACGGCUCCAUCUGUGUCCUUCUCGACGAGAAGGUGGUGGAGAGGUCCCGAUCGGACGGCUGCAAGGACCUGAUGCGACCUUCCUACGGUGGCUUCGGCGAGCAGUGGGCGGGCGAGCCCAUGUCGGCCUGCGCCUUCAGCUAGAGUUCGCGUCUCGUCUCUCAUCCUGCCAGCCAUAGUGUGAUAUGAUCUCAAGCAAAGUGGUUAUUAUCAAUUGGUGCUAGUGAUAUCGAAGCGCCAGGGCAUGUGAGGCAGUGUACCGCUGGGUCAUUCCGUGUGAACAAAUCAGCUGUCAUCUCGCCCCCAUCCCUUUACUCCCCACCGACACCAGGUCAUGAGGAAUGCGGAGCCCAUAAAAAUAGCAAAAUGAUCGAAAAAGCCAUGGGCAACUGAGUCAAGUGAUAGCUCCGCGUUCGUCUGACCCUGGUCGGGUUGCGGGGCAGAAGCAUGUGAGGACCUCUCGCCCCCGGCGUUGCUCCGAUCGCGUUGCUCGGCGGGCCCGCGCACGCUGAAUGUCAAGUCAAUCGCCCAGGUGGCCCACCGUGGUCGCGGCGAUCAAAAUGGUACAUGCCAACCGAGUUCAAAUGCAUUUGAAUUAUUGUUGACAUAAGUUAUUUUGCGCGAACAUGCGAGGCCAAAGUGUGCACUGAAAGGCUCGAAGAAUGUGAUAAAAUGGAAUCCUGUCGGAACGUCCGAAGAGCGCGGGGUGAUGUCAUCAAUGCUUGUUCUCAUCGUCAUCGUUCUUAAUGGCUGAAAAGCCGACUGCCACUGGUCUGUGCUGUGGGGUCAUCUCAGGUCGUUAGGGACCCAUGGAUGGGCCAGUGGCGGUCGGUGAUUGUUCAUCGGCGUCACCCAAAGGUAAACUAUCUGACCUGCCUUUUCAUUUCCAUGAAUUUUGCCCAUUCGAAAACCGAAAAAGAAAACCGCAAGUACAAGUCGACUUUCGUCGGUUCUUUGCACAAUCAUACAUUAUGGUUCGAAGGAUGUUGCAGAUAAACCAACAUAUUUUAUGUAUAAAACAGAGAUGGGAGGUACUUAGUGUGACAACUAGUGUAAGUCACCCGAAGAUAAGGUACAAAUAAGUCGAGCAGAGCCUGUGAUUGGUUUCGCCACGGUAGUUUUCCUCCCCUCCGUCUGACGCGAGCUGCCCGGUUAAUUUGUUAGCUUUACCAAAUCCGCACCGAUGCGCCCGGGACGUGCUUGUGUUUUAACCGCCGUGCAAGAGCCCCUGUAUAUAGUGGUCGUUUUCGUUGGCUGUGGAGUGCUUGUCUGGUGACCAGAGUCUGGGUGCACCGCGCACCUCCAGGACGCAUCGAAAUUGUAUUUCGUUCGCCUCCGAGAAUCCGCUGUGUCUAGGGUGUUUUGUACAGAAAUACAUGCUAAUUCUGCAAGUGA